GUCUGUUUUUGUGCGUCCCUGAUUUAGGCUAUGUAAUAAAGACUAGAACACCACUAGCUGUGGAUGAACGGAGAGCGCAAGGUUUUUUUCGCCGAGCGCAGGAGCUGAGAGAUGGGAGCAAUAGCGUCCCACACCCAGUCCAGAAUGCUCCAGCAGGAUCGCCCGAGCAACGCUGCCUAUGGAGGUAUGUCCUCCUCCCUGCGCCUGCUCAGCAAUGGCCCACAGCAGUUUAACAGGAAGUGUGAGAAAGACAGCAACUUCAACUUCCUGGGCGAGGACGACGAGACUUUGGGGGGAGACGAGAACCGCAACCAGGUGAGGCCUCGCUCCCUGGGGCCGCUGGGCCGCGAGCUGCCCACCCCGAUGCACCAUGUCGGGGUUCCUCUGGGGCCGCUGUCCCCGCUGUCCCGCCUGCCCUGCUGGAGCCCACUGGAGCCCCUCCCAGAGGUGGAGAGCGGAGAUGACGGAGGCGGCCGGGUGCCCCCAGAGGGAGCUGAAGAAGGCAGGAUAGACGAAGAGGUGAGGCGACCCAGUGACUUGGAGAAGGAGAAGGAGAGGGAGCUGGAGGAGUCCCAAGACUACAGCGGCAAGGAGGUGGAGGAGGAGGAGGAAGAUGGGUUAGAGUGGGGCGAGAGUGAUGAAGAGUUUGCCUUCAGCUCCCACAGCAGCAGUGCCUCCUCGCUCGUCGACGGCGGAGAGGCCGGCCUUGGCAAUCUCCCAUCUGUCUGGGACCGCCUCUGCAUCGGGGGCCCACCCAGCACUGAGCAAGACCACACCUUCUCAGGCCCUCAGGGGGCCGAGAGCUUCAGGGGGAGCCUGGAAGGGAUGGAGCCGGGGGUGGAGGACGGCUCCUCUGACUCUGAGUGGGACGGCGGUGGUAGCGGCGGCGGCACCGGCGACGAGGUGCUGGAGGCGCUGUGGAGCGCCCAAGACCGGCAGCGCUUCAAGGAGCAAGAGAUGCAGAAGCACCAGCUGCAGCUCACCAUGUACCGGCGCCUGGCGCUGAUCCGCUGGGUGAGAACCCUCCAGGGCCGCGUGCAGGACCAGCAGAACCGCCUGCAGAACAGCUUCGACGUCAUCCUCACACACCGCAAAGAGCUCCUGCGCAUGGGGGCCGCUGCCAGCCACUGAGACGCCAGGAUAGCCCAGGGGAAAGUUCAGAAAGAGUCAGGCGUUAGUGUGGAGAGUGGUGUCAUCCUGGGACUGUCCCCAACCAAAAACGCGAUGAUCAGACCUUGUUCUGUGAUGGUCUCCUUUCCCUCUCCGACUCUGCAGGGAUCAGUGUUGUUUAGUCUAGGUGAUGUCUAGGCUAGUUCUUUCCUGGUGUGUGAUUCCCCUGUUCUGUCUUUCUGCUCCUCGGACAGGCUAUGUAUGAGUGUGUAUGCUAUGCUAUGUAUGUGUGUGUGUGUGUGAGUGACAGCAUGUGUCUGUGCAUCUAUCUGUGUGUGUGAGUGGUUGGUUAUAGGUUGAAUUUCUGCUCCCAGUCAGAGCCCUGGACAGAUACUUAACAAUAACUCUAUAUAUGACCUUUGAAAUAAAUUAUAUUAAAGUUUAUCCAAGAGCUUAUAUCAUAAAUUGAUUCAUAUUAUAUGGAAUAAAUAUCUAACCUCU